UUUAAAUAUGCCAGCUACCCCAGCCAAGAGAGCCAAGAGAGUUCAGCAAGAAAAGAGACACCACAAGAAGAGAACUGAGACCUUCUCUGUCUACAUCUACAGAGUCCUCAAGCAGGUCCACCCAGAAACUGGAGUCUCCAAGAAGUCCAUGAGCAUCAUGAACUCCUUCAUUAACGACAUCUUUGAGAAGAUCGCUUUGGAAGCUUCCAAGCUUGUCAGAUACAACAAGAAGCACACUCUCUCAUCCAGAGAGGUCCAGACCGCCGUCAGACUCUUACUCCCAGGAGAACUCGCCAAGCAUGCCGUCUCUGAGGGAACCAAGGCUGUCACCAAGUACACCUCCUCUUAAGUUGAUAAGCCUUUAGGCAGUGUUUAUCACUAAGAAAAUUAACAC